AUGUCUCCUUUCGGUGCCCCUCUUCCACCUGAGCUGACCACAGCCAUGGCGGAGACCAUGAAAACUGCUGCUGCCAGCCAGGCUGCUGAUGACAAGGAGAAGGGAGCUCUGGCCCCAGCCCCAUAUCCAGACCACACUCCUGUUUCGAACACUAAGGCUGAGCAACCUUCCAAGCAAGCUUUCAGGAUCGUCAUCUUUGAGCAGGAGAAUUUCCAGGGCAGGAAGAUGGAGUUCACAAACGAGUGCCUGAACCUAGGCGACCGUGGGUUCGACCGGGUGCGCAGCGUCAUUGUCAGCACUGGCCCCUGGGUGGCCUUUGAGCAGUCCAACCUGCGCGGAGAGAUGUUCAUCUUGGAGCAGGGCGAGUAUCCUCGCUGGGAUACCUGGUCCAGCAGCUACAGGAGCGACUGCUUCAGGUCCAUGCGUCCCAUCAAGAUGGCGGCUGAUGGCUAUAAAAUCUCCCUCUUUGAAUCUGCUGACUUCAAGGGCAACAAGAUGGAAAUCCAGGAAGAUGACGUGCCCAGCCUCUGGGCUCACGGCUUCUGUGACCGGGUGGGAAGUGUGAAAGUGUCCAGUGGAACCUGGGUUGGAUACCAGUAUCCUGGCUACCGAGGCUACCAGUAUCUCUUUGAGAGAGGAGACUUCAGACACUGGAAUGAAUGGUCGGCCUUCCAGCCCCAGGUCCAGUCUAUCCGUCGCAUCAGGGACAUGCAGUGGGAUCAGAAAGGCUGCUUCACCGGUCCUGAUGCUCCUUCGAAGUGA